AUGAAGUCAUUCAGCUCUGCCCUCUUCCUCCUCGCCUUCGUCCUCACCCAGCCGGGUGCCAAAGCUGCCCCCACAGCCUCGGCCUCACCGCCUUCUGGCACCGACUCUGCAGGGGUAGACCACCCCUCCCAGGCCUCCUCUCUGGCUCCUGAAACUGCCCCAAGAGCUGGGCCUGGGACAGUUGUUUCCCAGCCCUCGGGAAUGCCUCCCACAGCGUCCCCUGAGAGCCCUGCCCUGAGCCACGUCGGGGCGCCUGUCCUCGGAGAACCCCUGCACUCAGGCUCUGCUGAACCCCCCUCAGCCCACCUGCUCACACCCUCCAUAUCGGAAUCUCCAGGCACCCCAGAAACAACACACCCAGAAUCUUCUGAGACCCCCAAGCCAACUGAAAUUCCAUAUUCAGGAUCUUCUGAGAUCCCCAAACCUAACACCUCUGAGAUGGCACACCUAGAACUUUCUGUCACCCCAACUAACUUUACCCAAACUACACACAGAGAACCCCCAGAGAUACCCAAAAUGAACACCACAGAAAUCUCAGAGACCCCAAAUCCUGACCCAACCAAGACCCUUGACACCACUUCUCCAGAAACCCACAACCCUAACACCACUGAGACACCAACCUUGGAGUCCUCCCACACCCCCCAUUCUGACCCCACUGAGACUCCCAACCCUGAAUCCCAUGUGACCCACAGCCCCAGCACCACAGAACACCCCACAACCCACUGCCAAAAUGCAACAGAGACCCCUGUGACCUCCAACCCCCCAAAACCCACAACUGUUCCUCCAGAAUCCCCUGCACCCCUCAAGGAUGAAACCACCACCCUCGGUGAGCUGCACCUGAGCGCCACACACGGAGCCCCUACAACCACCCACUCUGAUCCCCCUGAAGUAUCCACCUCAGACUUUCCAGGGACUGUGGAGCUGAAGGUUCCCCAAAAUUCUGGUUCUAAAGGGCCUGACACCCCUCCUUCCUCAGCCCAGAUGGUGGGCGCCCCUGCUCCUCCAGGACCUGCCAGCCAGCUGGCACCUGCCACAUUGAGGGCACCCCAGAGGCGCAGCCGAGGUGAGAGUGUCAACACCAUCAUUGUGGUGGAGCGAGUAAAGGAGACAGGUGUGGCGCUGGUGGGGCGCCCACGCGGUGCGGGAGGUGGAGCCUUGUGCCUGUUCUUCGCGGGGACCGGGCUAUUGAUUGGCAUCUUCUUGCUGAUGUGGUGUCUGUACCGCCGGGCAGCUCGACACCGGCCCUUCGCACACCACCGGCUCCCGGACAGCGGAGAUGAGCCUGUUUUGCACCUGGACACCCCGAAAGACCCCUACGACCUGUACUUUUACGCCCCGGAUGCCUGGGUCCCUUCGCACAUCGCCACCAAACUGCAGCCGCCCACACCGCCGCUGCCACCCAAGCUUCCCCCGCCGCCGCGCGGGGACCGCCCGCAGCGCCUCGAGGCCCUGUCCCCCGCCUCGCUGCCCAACAACUUCAUGUAA